AUGGAUGCGGAACAGUUUACGCCGGCGCAACUGUCCUUCUUCUCCAUCUACAGCCCGCCGCUAGGACCGACGGACGAGACGUUUGGUGACCAGGUCGUCUUCUACUAUUCGCGAUCAGCCCGCGAUGGACGCACAAAAGCCAAACCGACGGCCGACGAGGCACGAAUGAGCGAGAAUGAGAAGCUACGACAGAUUGGCCUUGCCCAAGGCAUGGCAGGCUUUGCCAGGAACUUUUCCGACGGCGAGCCCAUCGAAGCCGUCGAGACCGAGAAGUCGCGCAUCCUGAUGCACGAGCUGGAGAAGGACUGGUGGGUCCUGGCUCACGAAUACGAGUACUCGUCGCGCGAGGUCAGCCCGGCGCCGCUUCUCCUACAACAGGUCCUGACCGCCUACCGCGUCUUCACACUACACCAUGGCCCCUCUCUCAGCGACAUGUAUGUCAAGCUCGCAAAAGACAAGUUCUCGGCCAUCCUCGAUCGCUUCUGGUCCCGCUUCUGCCACAACUGGGACGUUCUGCUACACGGCAACCCCGCCAUCGACAUCUUUGGAGGUCUCAAGCUUGCAGCAGGUGGUGAAUUGGGAUAUGGUGUGGGCGAGGAGGACUGGGGCAGUGGAGACCGAGAGGUGCUUGAAGACUUGGUACACCGCACCGAGGGCUUGGUCGACUUGCUUGUCCAUCGUUUUGGUGAAGCUGCUCCACCAGAGGACGACUACAACAACGGCGAUCCCUCUCAAUACACUCUCCACGAUGCUCGCCAGCGUCUUCCGUGGCUGGGCUGUGGAACCGAGCCCCAGGCUCAGGACGGCCUCAUCUUCAGUGGUGUGGGCGCCAUCACCCGUCCUUCAAUCCGUGACAUCUCGACCUGGGUCCGCGAUAUCUAUGCCUACGGUGAGCACGCUUACGGCGUGAAGGAUAACCCACAUCGACAGCGCCGCAAGCGACGCAGGCGUCAGCCUGUAGGCGACCCGGAACCAGAGCCUGAGAUUCCACCUGCCAUGGAAGAGGAGCUCAAAAUCAAGGCUAUACAUCGAUUGAAGGGCAUCGAGCUCCCGCCAGAUCCUCGUCCGCAGAUGCAUGACAGAGUCGCCUCCCACGAUCACGCUACAGGCACUCCAGGCACCCAGGUUGCUUCACAUCCUGGCAUCCCUCCGCCUAUUGUCGGCGCUGUCGAAGCCUCACUUGAUCGAGCUAGUGCUUCGGCCGAUUCUCACACUUCCAACCAACCGCCGCCAUCCUCUGAACAAUCGUCAAAUUGGAAUCUCGGAAGCUCUGACAAGUGGGUCAAGUAUCUCACUUUUGGUUUGGCAUCAGGAGGCAAACGAUCGGAAUCCCCAAAGCGACCAGAAGGCCCACGCCGUAGUUCGACGUCUAGUUCAAAGACCGUCAAGGGUGUUUCCUUCCCAAAGUCCAAAGACGACAAGGAUGAACCACCAAUGCAGCACCUAGAUCCCAAUCCGGACGGCUAUCAAGCAAUGGCCGCCCUGCAACACCAACGCCGACAAGAAAACCAAGGUCAUUUCCUCAUCGGCUACCUCGGUGACCUCGAUCGCGAGCCGGCAGAAUCCGACGACGACAGCGAUACCACAAUCGGCGGCAGUGAAAUACCAGAAGGCGAGCGCAACCUUUUACGUACUGUAAAGGUCGAACUCACAGACAAGGGAGACACUGUCAACGACGAUCUGGACUCGCGAGACAGUUUUGUCAACAACGACACCUCGUCGAGGUUGCGUGUGUUGGUAUAUGUCCAUCGCCCUUUUAUCCAUGUCUUNUUGUUCGAGCAAAGGACGCCUUCACUCAGCAUCAUGGGCUUCUACCGCGAACUACACAAACUCUUGCGUCCACUGCACAAAUCUCUACUCAACAGCACAUCGACGCAAAAAGUCGCGGACCGGAUAGCAGCAGCACAUACCUCGCCGCCCGAGCCCAUGUCCAUAAACCCGCAGAACCCUCCCUAUGCACCGCCCCGCAACAGCCCCGUCUUUGACCUCGUCUACGAUCCCGUAAACCUCUCUUGCCACACUUCUCUACCCAAUAUCCCUGAGCCGGGACAAGCUAUACCUUGUGGCGGCGGCAUCAGCACCACCAGCUCAGGCAGGGAUGGCCCGCCCCAAUGGACACGACUCGAAGCCCUCAACGUACACAGCCAUAUCCUGUUUACUCUGCAACACUCCUUCCGCUCACCCCGAGAAACCGAACGCACAUCAAAAACCUCGCGGCACUGGUGGGUAGUCUGGCUACGGGUGCCCCAACCCGGCGAGGGCGAUGGCAAACAUCCUCGCCCCGAGUACUGCAGAACCGCAUUUUUGGUUCGCAAAGCUAGAGAUCAUGUUGUGGAGCGCAGGAACAUUAGUGCCAAGGGCAUGGCGAGUAGGGUUAGUAGUGGCAUGUACAAUCUUGUUGGCGCGAGAGGUGGUGGAGGAGGAGCUAGUGAAAAUGAGGAUGGGCAGGGCAAUGGAUGGGGUAGUGCUGCUGCUUUGGCUGGAGGCAUUGGCGUCGAUGCGAGAAAGUAUGUUGAGAAUCUGCUGAGUUUGAAUCGGUAG